AGCAGUGGAAUACACAGCUAGCGCCGGAAAAACAAAAAACGAGCGUUCGCCGCGACGCUGCCAGGCCAUCCAUCACGCUUCGCUUGCAUAAGUACAGCCCACUCCGUAUAGAGACACAGACGGGUGGUGCUUCGACGAUCGAACUGUGUGCUCGUUUAAUUUGCCUCCUCCCUUCCUUCCACCUAACUCCCAACGAGCGAGAGCAGCCAUUGGUAGCCCGUGAACGAAGCUAGCUAGGUUUGCAACCAACUCCUCCAUCCCACAAGACAAGAGCUUCGCUGACAUCGCAGCCGGCCGGGUCUAGGGGCGGACCGUGUGCAUGGCUGCGUGGACCUCUGCCAAGGGCGCUCUUCUUCCCUGGGCUCGCAGCAGCAGCGGCGGCCAUGGCGGCCUCUCGAGUGUCCUGGGCAGGGCCUUGGCGUUGGCUACGGCCGGAGGAGGAGGAGGAGGAGGCGGCGGCGGCUCGCUUCUCCCACGCCGGUGGCAGUCGUCGCUGCCGCAGCUGGACCAUGUCGACAGGUCCGACGAGGAGAGCGGCGAGAUCGACUGGGACAAGCUCGGCUUCGGCCUCACCCCGACCGACUACAUGUACGUGACGCGGUGCUCGCCGGAGGACCGCGGCGACUUCCCCCGCGGCGAGCUCUGCCGAUACGGCAACAUCGAGCUCAGCCCCUCCUCCGGCGUUCUCAACUACGCCCAGGGGCUGUUCGAGGGGAUGAAGGCGUACCGGCGGCCGGACCGGUCUGGGUACACGCUGUUCCGUCCGGAGGAGAACGCGCGGCGGAUGCAGCACGGCGCCGAGCGCAUGUGCAUGCCGGCACCGUCGGUGGAGCAGUUCGUCCACGCCGUCAAGCAGACCGUCCUCGCCAACCGGCGCUGGGUGCCGCCGCAGGGGAAGGGAGCCCUGUACCUCCGACCUCUGCUCAUGGGCAGCGGCCCGAUCCUUGGGCUGGCUCCGGCCCCCGAGUACACUUUCCUCGUCUACGCUGCACCCGUCGGAAACUACUUCAAGGAGGGCCUGGCGCCCAUCAACCUGGUGGUGCAUGACGAGUUCCACCGCGCGAUGCCCGGCGGGACCGGCGGCGUCAAGACCAUCGCCAACUACGCGCCGGUGCUGAGGGCACAGACGGACGCCAAGAGCAAGGGGUUCACGGACGUGCUGUACCUGGACUCGGUCCACAAGCGCUACCUGGAGGAGGUGUCGUCGUGCAACGUGUUCGUCGUCAAGGGCGGCGUCGUCGCCACGCCGGCCACCCAGGGCACCAUCCUGCCGGGCAUCACGCGCAAGAGCGUCAUCGAGCUCGCCAGGGACCGCGGAUACAAGGUUGAAGAACGCCUCGUUUCCAUUGACGAUCUGAUGAGUGCAGACGAGGUGUUCUGCACGGGGACCGCGGUGGUGGUUGCUCCGGUGUCCACAGUUACGUACCGAGGCAACAAGUACGAAUUCAGAACGGGCCCGGACACGGUGUCACAGGAGCUGUACACGACUCUGACAUCCAUUCAGAUGGGCCUGGCCGAGGACAACAAGGGAUGGACAGUAGCAGUAGAGUAGAUUACUUGGUGACAGCAUUUGGGGAUUGCCAUCGCCACAACAUUCGUUCGAUCCUACGCUGCGAACAGCCAUCGGUAUUGUCACCCGGUAGAAUAUACUGUAUUUAUACGCAAUUAAUUGAUCAACACAUGUAGUGUUGGAGUUAUUGAAAAAAAUAAAUAAACCGUGUGUUGUUGGCAAUCAGUGAGGCCAUUGAGCAGUCAUUGAUUUGAUCUCCAAUUCACUUA